AUGUGUGAAGAAAACCAGACAGAAGUUACUGAAGUUUUAUUUCUUGGAUUUCAGAGUCUUAAACAUUUUAAAAUCCCACUCUUUAUCCUAUGUCUAGCCAUUUACAUUGUUAUAUUAAUUGGAAAUCAUUUCAUCAUUAUAAUUGUAUCGCUUAGUCAUCAACUUAGGCGCCCAAUGUAUUUAUUCCUUAAAAACCUAGCUUUGGCUGAUGUCUUGUUCACUUCAAAUGUGUUACCUCAGCUGCUGUAUGUCAUCUUGGAGGAAGGAGGACAUAUAUCAAUAACAGGAUGCAAAUUGCAAUAUUAUUUCCAUAGCUUCUUAGCAUUUGCCCAGUCUUUACUUCUUACAGUAAUGUCCUUUGACCGAUAUCUGGCUAUCUGCAACCCUUUGCAUUAUGCCUUUCUUAUGAAUGCUAAGCAUUCCCUACAUUUGGCUAACCUUUCUUGGAUAUUCUCGUUUAUUCUUAUCUCUAGUGAAAUGAUUUUAAUUUAUCAGGUGAAGUUUUGUAACAUGAAUAUUAUUGACCAUUUCUACUGUGACAUUGGCCCAAUUCUACAGCUUUCCUCCUCAGACACAUUCAUACUCAUAUGGUAUGAUUUUGUAAUAGCUCUCUUGGUUAUAUUUUUUCCAUGCCUGUUUGUCAUUGCAUCAUAUGUAUGCAUUAUCAUGGCCAUACUGAAGAUCAAUACCACUGCCGGAAGACAGAAAGCUUUCUCCACUUGUAGCUCUCACCUUACAAUUGUUUGCAUUUACUAUGGGACUCUAGUUGCAAUUUAUAUGGUACCUUCUACAGAGAAUUCAGUCAAUGAAAACAAAUUUAAGUCUUUAUUAUACACUGUUCUAACUCCAUUUCUUAAUCCUAUAAUAUAUAGUCUGAGGAGCAAGGAGCUUUUACGAAAUAUAUCUGACAUUAAACUGGAAAAGUGUGAACCAAAUGGCUACGAGGGUCAAUAUAACUUGUAA